UGAAGAACGUCUUUGAUCGGUGGAAGGGAAAAAACAACAAUAAUUAAAAAAUGUUUGGUCAACUAGUGUAAGCACGUACGUACGUACGUAACGUUCAGACGGCCUACUAUUGGGUAAACGUAUAAUACGAAGUUUUACAAAGAGAAGAAAAAAAUUGAGGCAAAGGGUGAGCCGCUACUGCCGAUGCGGAGGAGUUUACUUUUGGCGAUGAUAUUCCCGCUUCAUUCAUCUCUAUAUUAAUAAGAAGAAGAACACAGUAAAACUAAAAACCUAAUAUCGUGAAAAUAACGAAAUCGCUCGACGGAUGAAGCAUCUACCUACUGGGGUUGUUUUUUAAAUUUUGUGCGCUCGAAAUCGUCCUUGAUUUGUUUCUAAUGGUCCGCGAACUUGCGCCCGACAUUUUCCGACGUGGUCCGAAUGAUCCGGGAAUUGUUUUCUAGUCGUUUGUCGUGUUAUUCACUCGACGUCUGCGCGUCGCGGCGCCGGUUACGCCAGAUCGCGUUCGUUGGUAAAACGUCGUCCUCUGCUUUCGCCUUCGCGCGUUUCGUUUUUCGGUCUGUUCGCUGCUUGCGUUCGUCGGGUUAUUUUUAAGCGGUUAUAAGGGUAUACCUCUGCAAUAAUACAGCCGCGCAUCAGCUUCUCCUGCCAGUUAGCUGCUAGUUUACUUUCUUUCUGACUACUAGGCCGAGUUCGGAGCCCCCGAUUUUAACUACAUAAUUCAUGCACAUAAAAAUGUUGAAAUUUAUUUCGUACCCUGGCAAACUGUGUCGCAUAAGAAGAAAUAGAAACAAAUAGACGUAAAAACGGCUCAGGUAUUUUUAGUUCAAAAAACGUCGGUUGAAGAAAGAAAAAAAGUUCGAUGAUCCCGGAGUUUAAUUCUUGGCGAUCAGGUGCCCCGUUAACUAAAAUCAACGGUCUUUGCUGUUGUUGUCCUCUGGUUUAAAACUGUUGAAACAACGCAUAACAAACGUUAAAAUUGCACCCCUCGAUCUCUAGUUCUCAUCGUCUAUAAUUACCUACCAUGCGAUCGUUUGGUUUUGUGUUCUAGAAAUAAGAAGAGAAAGACAAUUCAAAACAGCGCACGCCGUGGGCCACGCCGCGUGUUUCCUUCCCCUUCUUAACAAAUCGUCAUCGCUACUUUCGUCUCUUCCCUUUCAAUUUGUUUCAUCGUUCAAACUCUACACAAUAUAACAUAAUUGUGCAGCCUGCAUCACAGUUUGCACACGUAAUUAGUGUCAGACAUUUGUAUAAUAACCUUUAUUUUUUUUUCUACUAACAGCCCUCCGAUUAAUAAACCAUAUCGCUGCUGAAUAUGCAACUAAACGAAUUAUUAACAAGAAUAAUGAUUCGCCAAUUCAAUCGAACGUCACCGAAUCAUUUCGAUUCGUUAUAAUAAUUCAGUUCAACGAUGAAAUUGAAAUAUGUAUAUUCCAUAAGGAUGAUGUGUAGUGCAGUGAUUUCUACCGACGACUGAUGAAUCUUCUCCACGCCGAUUUUGCGAUUUUGAGAAUAAAAAAAAAGAACAUUCAACAACAAUAACCAAACAGAACGAAACAAAAAUGCCUCGUAUAUGAUAACAGUUUUGUUCGACUGGUGUGCGAAUGAUUAAUUACGCAAGUGAAUCAUAUAUGAUGUGGGAUCGUUAUGUGUGAAACAUGACUGUCCCGAUUUCGCGUGAAUAAAAUAAGAAAAAAACGAACAAAUUGAAAAACCUUAAUCGUCUUUCGAUUAUAAAAAUUCAACAAUUUGUUGUAACUUUUUAACAAUUAAAUAACAAAUAAAUUUUGUAAUACGUAUGAUUCGAUAUUUUUAUUAUUUCGACUAAUUAAUGAACGCGUCGAAAUAUUGCUGACAAGACUAAUUAUAAGUAACAACCGUAUAAUAUAAUGGGCAGCAGGCCGCCGCAUCGGGCAACAACAAAAACGCGAAUAAAAUCAUCGUCGAAAGAAUUAUCUGGAAGUGCUGGUGGAGCGGCAACAAAUACAAAAAUAUCCUCCCCAUCACCGUCACCGUCACCUUCCCCAUCACCUUCGCCUUCUUCGUCAAGAUCUCCGUCUUUUUCACCGUCCCCUUCGCCAUCUUUAUCAACCUCUCCAACACCGCCUGUACCGGCAACGCCACGUGGACCUUCAACAAACUCAAAUUCAACAAAAGCGUUGUCAUCAAAGAGAAUUAGUUCUAAACUAAAUAAUACGCCCACAACAACGAAUGACUCUAAUCCUAUAAGUGUGACCGUUGCUCCCGCUCUUUAUUCGGGGAGUAAGAGGAGAACGUUUUCUACAAAUGCCCCUAACACUUCUGCUACUCCAGCAACUGUCUUACAAAUAGGAAAGGUCAAGAAUGAGGCGCCAGAUGACGAAAUCAAGGAAUACGCGGCGACGGCUAUGAGCGAGCUUUUAGGUUGGUAUGGAUACGAUAAGGUGGACAGCGGGUGUACCAGAGGUCUUAAUUUGGACCACUUUGCCCCACCAGCUCCCUCGGGACACCUUCAUCAUCAUCAUCACCAUCAUCACCAUCAUCAUCAUUCCGCGGGCGUAGCGCAACCAACUGGCAAAGUUCAACAACUGCAGGGAGAAAGUACCGAAACUGACAAAGUUUUACUAUCGGAAAAUAAUUCACCACCUUCGCCAUUGAGGACUGGACCGGGUAGUCCGAGAGCGCAGGAAAGCAGCGACACUGCACCAGAUGUUGCGGGGUCGAAGAAUAAUUGUUCCUGGUGUGGUCGACCUGGUGGAAAUUGGGAACCGGGAGGCGGUAAUUCGGCUAAUCUCGGAGGAGGAAAUUCUGCAGGGGCAUCUCGAUCAGUCGGUCGUUUUUGUAGCGAAGCUUGUUUUGCUGCGGGUAGAAGAGCUGCUUUCAAAAGAGCCAGGACGUGUGAUUGGUGCAGACAUGUUCGUCAUUCCGUCAGCUACGUAGAUUUCCAGGACGAUGAAAGCCAGCUUCACUUUUGCAGCGAUAAAUGUUUGAAUCAGUACAAAAUGAAUAUAUUUUGUCGAGAAACUCAAGCUCACUUAGAGCUACACGGAUUGGCGACUAGUAACACAUCAGCGAUGACGAACGGAGCUGGUUUAAUCACUCCUGAUUUAUGGAUGCGGGAUUGUCGGUCCGCGUCACCCUGCAGUACUACAGAAAAAACGGAAGAUAUUAUUGUGGAUUCAAACGAAGAGGUGGGAAACGAUUUAGAAGGUGAUGCCGACGAUAUCGACGAGGAUCAACAACCAAUAGCAGAAGGAGGUGGGGAAAGUGUUACCUGUGAAGUGAAUAAAAUUCUGGAUAGCGGAAAAAUUCGUUGCGGAAGUCAUCUGAUUCGGGGACGUGAUUUUAUUGAGAGAGAGGUUAUCAAAGCAACUAUAAAAGAAUCUCUGAGGGACAGAUCGAUCGGUUAUCCUGAGGAAACAAACUCUGGAAUUGGGAAGGGUUUCGUGGGCUUGGGUUCGGGUUUCAGUUCGUCGGACACGUCGUUGCCUAGUCCGGGAAUAUUGCUAGCUCCAGUCCCGGGGAAUUUAUCGGAAAACCGGGACCAUUCGGUAGCAGAGAUCUUGAGUCGAGACUCUUCGAAGCGUUCAAUUGACCUUGCAGGUCAUAAUCGGCGUGAUCGGAGCGAAUUUAGAGAAGGUACGAUCCAUUUAAAGAAUGUAAAUGAGUUGAUGAGAGGCCCUGGAAUAUCUAAGGGACGUAGGGGCGUCAGAUACGGUCGUCCGAGGCGACUUGCAAGAUCUCCGAAUUGUUCCCAGAAUUCUUCGCAUACCCCGGGAACUCCGCCUACACCUUCGCCAUCUCUAUCAUCAAAUCCUUCGAACUUUCAAAACGCUUUACACUCAAGAACACGACUGUACGUUCAGAAUAUCCUCAAAGCACAUCCUCAAAUUCAGGAAACAGCCCGAUCACUGUCAUCGUUGCGGUUUCCACAUCAGCUAGACAGCCAUAAUCACGAUUAUAGUCAUAAUGAGAUACCCCGCAAUCUUAAUCAUAAUAAUACUAAUCCUGGAGUAUAUCCCGGAAAUCCAGGUGUGCAGAGAAUCCAACAACCAACGACCGUGACUCGUCCGACUAGUUUGCCUUCUACCCAUAAUAAUAUUCCACAUCAUUUUUCAAAUUUCAAGUCACAUACCCUAGGAAACAUGCCGGGAGCGCCUCACACCCCGUCUCUUUUACCACCUGUGACAGUUCUAGUCCCUUAUCCAAUCCCUAUACCGAUUCCUAUACCAAUUCCCAUACCUAUACCGAUACCAUUAUUCGGAAAAUAUCCUGGUUCGGAUAAAUCCACGCCUGAAUCAUCGGUACGAAGUCCCGUCCCCGAAGACCUCUCGAAUCGAAGUACCCCGCUGCAAGUUUCCCAUGGAAAUCCGUCUAGUCUAAAUAGAUCAACAAACUCUGUCGGUAACAGUGAAGACGUCGAAAUUACGGCGCCAAAGUCAAGGCCUAGGGGGAGAGGUAAGUUUUCUUGUGGGAAUAGCGAUAAUUUACAUACACUGCAGCCUCAGAAUUUAUCCGAAAGAACGAGUACUAGAAUUUUGCAUAAAAAAAGACAACGUACCAAUGGCGUUGAGAUCGUCGGAGAGGCUAGCGAACAGGAAAUUGAACUUAAGCGCACACCUCCAGAUAAUUCGGUCCCGGUGUGAUCUUAAGACAUGAGACGUGUGUCAUAUGCUAUACAAAAAAUCAUUCACAUAUCCCAAUGUUGCAGGUUUAUCAUAGAUAAUGUAGAAUUUUGGGUGCUAUUAUACAUAAUAUGUUUGUAUAAAUCACUGCAGAUGUGUGUUACGAAUUUUAUUAUAAAUAAAGGAAUAAAAAUAUA